AUGGCUUGUGCUUUUAGUGAGGAUCUGAAGUGGAGAAUUAUUUACCUUCAUCAUGAUGGAUAUAGACGUCAUAAAAUAUUAACUCAAAAUGAAAUGAAGUUAGUUAAGGAUAAGGUGAAUUGGUAUUUAGACGAAUUAGUAGGAGAACUUGAGCAACAGACAGGAAAGUUGGUUUCUAUUCCAACUCUUUGGCAAUCUUUAGUUUACUGUGGAAUUAGUAGAAAGAAAUUACAUCAAGCAGCUUAUGAACGGAAUGAACUUCUUAGAAGCACAUUUAUUGCAAAAGUUGGACAUGAUUAUAAACCUGAACAGCUUAUAUUUAUGGAUGAAACUUCUAAAGAUGAACGCACUUUAUCUCGUAGAUAUGGCAUUAUUGCUGUAAACAUCAUGGAAGGUAGCUGUACGAAAGAAAUUUUUAAAAAUUUUGUUAUUUCAAAUGUUUCUCAAAUGAAUUCAUAUCCUGGUGAACAAAGUGUUCUUGUAUUUGAUAAUGUGCGAAUUCACCAUGAUCAAGAUCUUGUAGAAUAUAUUGAAGCAUUUGGUGGUCGUGUUGAGAACUUUGUCUAUUUAUGUAAUGAUCCUAAAUAUCCUUUUUUAAUAGCAUGUUCUCAAAUUACUCUGGAGACAGCUAUGAAAGUUUUUAAGGAUUCAAUUUAUAUGUAA